GCCCAGGGUCCAGUCUCCCUGGGGCAGGAGGGUAAUAAGAAGCCGAGGCCCGGUGUUAGGCCGCGGGGAGGUCACUCUCGGUGUGGGACAGGCCCCGACCCUCUCCCUGGAGUCGCCCCCCGCCACCUCUUUCCGGCUGGCCCGGCUAAAAGGGAGAGGCACAGGUAGUUUAAGUCAGCAGCUGAGUCUGCCAUCGAGGGCCUGAGUCUGUCAGAUUUAACCCCACAGUGACGAGUAACAUUGCUGAAGCUGCUAUGGCAUUAAGUCUUCGAAGAGUGGUUCAUUUUCUUUUGCCGGACUUACAGGCAUACAACAUUUUACAAAUUGUCAAGCAGCGGUUGUUUUCCUGUAAAAGCCAGAACAAAACUCUGUAUUCACAACAUAGCAACACUUUGUCUGUCGGACCGACAAAGGGAUGGCAUCAUCAGAUUCCCUAUAAAGGAUACCACAACAUUGUCAAAGAUCAGCCUGGUACCACAUUGGGAACAGUGUGUCUCCAUGGCAAUGCUGGGGAGUUCCUUAAUUUGGACAGCAAGCAGCGCACAUUCUCCAAUGUACAGGAGUUUUUAGAACAUUUGAACAACUGUAAAACUGCAAAGCACAUCUUUAAAUUUCUGAACUCUUCAGGUUCCAUUACAGAUACAAUGGCUUCUGCUGCCUUGCUUAGAAUAUCGCAGAUUGAAAGAGACGGGAGUAGUCUGAAGGAUCCUGGGGCACUGCUGGAGAAUGAGGCAUUCAAGGCAUUGUGCUUCCACUUUGAGCAUGAGUCUUUGAGGCUCAGCAGUACAGGACUGGUAACUGCUCUAUAUGCUUACGUUCAACUGUAUGUGGACCCAAAGAGCACACUCAUGUCGCGGCUACUGUCAGAAUGUCAGAUGCGGCUUAACAAUGGACAGAUGUCCAUUACAGACUUGUGUUUGUUGGGCAAGGCCUUGCUGGACUUGGAAGGCCCAGGGUGUAGAAUGUUAAAGCAAGUAAUGGAUGAAAUUCAAAGAAUCAAAAUUGUUGACUGGACAUCUGAAGAGAUAAUAAUGGUUUAUAAUUUGCUGGGGGCUACUGCGGGAGAAGGAGGAAAUUAUCAGCAGUUGUUGAACAAAAUGAAUACUCACACCCUUCAUUUAGCUUCCAAGUUGAAUCGUAAAGCCAAAAAUGAGAUACUCAAUGCAAUGGUUGUCCUUAAACAAACUCAAGCACUUCCUUUAGUGAUUAAUCUAUGUAAACAUUCAGUGAGACAUGUUCCUGAAUUCUCAGAUCAGGAGUUCAUAGUGGUACUGAAUGCUCUCAUGUACUUUGGACACAGUGACAGAUUUUUCACUGAUGCUCUGGAGCAAAAUAUUCCCAAAAAAACCUUUUCGUUAAAACCAGAGGCAGUCAGCAAAGUAAUGCAAUACUGCAGCCAACGGCGAAUUCUGUCACUUCCUAUAUUUGAUGCUGUCGCUGAGAGUUUUGUUUACAAUUCAGAUAACUUUACAACUAAAGAAAUUGCCUUACAAAUUAUUCCAUUUGGCAAGCUGAAUUAUCUGCCACCAAAUGCAAGUCAGCUCUUCAGAAAGAUUGAAAACUUAUUAAGGGGACGAUUUUCACAAUUUCAGCCACGUGUUUUGUUGAACCUUCUUCAUUCCUGUAUAUUAAUAGAACGCUUUCCCAUGAAUUUUGUAGCCAAAAUCUUCAGUCCAUAUUUUCUGCAGCAGCUGGAAGCAGAAGGAAAAGGUUUUGACAAGUUUGUGCUUGCCCAGCUGACUCAGCUGUUCAUGACUAUGAAACUGGAGUGCCGAACAUAUGAGGGUCCCAGCCUUCCUUUAAAGUAUCGAGUCAAGUCUUUCAUUACACCGGGACGCUCAGUGGAAAGCCUGGUAGAUGAACAACUCUACAACAAAGUUAAGAAUGCCCUGACUGAUCUUCUUGGAGCAAGGAAUUACUUUGCUUCCCGUGUGCUGACACCAUAUGGCUAUACACUAGAUGCUGAGAUUAUAUUGGAUGAAGAAGGAUAUGUGCUCCCUGCCUCUCAGCGUGAAGCAGUAUUCAGAAGAAUAGCACUCUGCAUUGAUGGCCAGAGCAGGUUCUCUGUAAAUACUCAGAAUCUACUCGGUAAGGAAGCUAUCAAACAGAGGCAACUACGGCUGCUGGGCUACGAUGUUGUACAGAUUCCAUUCUAUGAAUUUGACAAGCUACAGAACAAUAAGGAAAUGGUAGAAUAUGUUCACAAGAAGAUCUUUCCAUACAGCUACAGACUUGCUUGGUAAUAAAAGCUAAAACGAAGAGUUAAUUUCCACCUUAAAAAGCCACUGUCAGCUGUAGGCAAUAUGCAUUGGUGGCCACCUUACCUAUUUUUAAAAGUGUCUUGAUUACAAUUGUAUAAAUAAAACCAUUACUGAAAAUAAUGUAUAAAAAUAAACUCCUGAAAUAAUAUUA